GUACCUUCAUUAAAAAAACCUUGAAGAAAGAAGAAAAUAAUUUCAAUCAAAAUAACAACAGCUAGUGUGUCUCUCUCUCGCCGCACUGCCAUCAUUCAGCUCCGCCAAAAGCAUCACCGCCGCACCACUUUACCCUUCCUUUAGCUUCCUGUGAAGAGGGUCGUAGAUUCGUAGAAGUAGUGAAGAUGAGUAGCAGCAAGAAAACUGGUCCCCCCAAACAUCAGAACAAGAUUGCUUGGAAACCUAAUGCUGGUAUCAAGAUCAACGAAACUGAAGUUGGAGGAAGAUUUAGACCUCUAUCUGAGAUAACUGGAGUGUGCCCUCGCUGUAAGGAACAAAUUGAUUGGAAACGACGUUAUGGAAAAUACAAGCCUCUUCACGAACCUGCCAAAUGUCAAAGAUGUUCAAAACGUAAUGUUCGCCAAGCUUACCAUAAUUUGUGUUUCGGUUGUGCAAAGGAGCAUCGUGUUUGCGCAAAAUGUUGUUGCCGUGUGGAGCGUAUAGUUGGAAGGGACGUUUCAGAAGUUGAGGCUGAGAAAAAGAUGCUUGAAGAGGCCAUUAAGAACGCUAGCGAAAGAGAAAGAAGAUCCCUAUUGCGUGCUAUGAACAACAAAAACAAAGCUAAGAGUUCAACAGACACCCCGACCGAUACAAAAGAUAACAAAGUAGGAGAAUUAUUUCCAAAUUCUUCUUUGGAAGAUUAUGCCAAAAAGAAUGGAGUUGUCAGGAAACAUGACGAUAGUAAAAUUUGUGAUAGUAAGCAUGAUGGUGAUGAAAGUGAGGAGGAAGUUUUUGACGACGAAGAUGAUAAUGACAGUGCGAGUGAAGAGUGUGACGAGGACAACAAUGAGAACGUUCCCGAUGAAGUGAAUGCCAAGAAGGAAUGAUUAAGGAUAUUUGAGUAUAUCAUUUUUGCAGAAAUUACAUUGUAGGGAUACUUGCUUCUUUGCAGUUUGUUUUUGACAUAUUUAUUACUAAAUUUUGGGUGAUUUGUUUUUGCUGAAUACAAAUUUUGGAUAUUAUCAUAUUCUUCUGUCAAUCAAAAUGUAACCAAAAUAGAUAUCAUGUGUCUGCUGUCAGUAACAUUUAAAAGUUUUGUAUGAAAUAUGUUCUUA